UGUUACAGUACUACAUGACGCGUGAAACUGGUUGCAGAAGUCUAAGUAAACUCAGCCUCAAGACAUCCUAUAUACUGUCUGAAUGUUUGCCUCUUGUGAAAAUGGUGAAGCAUUGUUCAUAUGGGACUUGCAAAUCUGAUAGCAGGUACCCGGAAAAGUUAGGAGGAGCUAAAUUUAUUCCUUUCCCGAAGCCAAAGUCUGACCUGCAAAAAUGCCUGCGCUGGAUAGCCUUGUGUCGCCGUCCACAUUCCCAUCUCUACGUGGAAAAAAUAACUAAGCAUACAUAUAUUUGUUCAAAGCAUUUCAUAUCUCUCAGUGGACCUAAUGAAGAAUAUCCUGAUCCAAAUGAUGCUUUAAGUGGGGAAUUUAGAAAAUCACGCCGCCACGUAUCAUAUGCCCAGAACAACACAUUAUCUGUUUCCAGGAAUAGACAGUUGAAAGAUGGUAUGCUUAGUAUGUGGUCACUGUGGGACACGACAGAAGGCAGAUACCGGCUAUUUAAUGGCAUUACUGCCCAGUCAGUUAAUCAAUCCUGUUCACUAUUUACUAUUUCAGUCUAUCCUGAGUUGGAUGUGUUCUCCAUGGUUGCAAGAAUCAGGCAGCUGGAAGAGGAAAACAAUAAAUUGAUCAGAGACUUUGCCAAGAGGGAACUUCUAAAUAUUAAUAAGUGCGAUAAACAGUGUCAGACUGAAGAAUUUAAACAGAGAGGUGGAUUUGAAAUUGAAGAAGUUGUUGAGUCAAAUAUUAAAAAUUUGUUUAAGUUUUAUACAGGCUUAACAUAUCCAGAUUUCUGAUGUUACUAUCAUUCCUCUUUCCCAGUGAUUGUGCAAAUCCAAUUUCAUAUCCACAGAAAAGAAAGGAAACUAAUGUAAAAAAAUUCCCCUUAUCACAACAAGUUUUUAUGUACCUGUGUCGACUCAGAACGGGGUUACAUGUUAAAGACCUGGCCUUCAGAUUUAAUGUGAAAGUGCCAACAGUGUCAACAGUUCUCACCGGUGUUGCAAAAUAUAUGUAUGUCAGGUUAGGCUCCCUUAGCUAUUGGCCACAUAGAAAUGUAAUUAUAGAAAACAUGCCUGAGAAUUACAAAGCUGAUUUUCCGACUUGUUUAGCAAUCCUUGAUUGUACAGAGCUUAAAUGUGAAAAACCGUCUUCCUUACAAGUACAGAGUCAGUGCUUUUCAGACUAUAAAUCAUCCAAUACCUUGAAGUCAUUAGUUGUUUGUGACCCUAGAGGAUCAGUUAUGUUUGUUUCAGAUUUGUUUUCUGGGUCAAUUUCAGACAAUGAAAUUUGUGAACAAAGUGGGUUCUAUGAUUUUGUACCUGAUUUGAAAGAACGGGGCUUCAUUGGUGCUGGAGAUGCACUAAUGGCAGAUAAGGGGUUUAGGAUUGAAGGCAUUCUGUCAGAAUUUGAUAUUAAUCUGAAUAUACCUCCACUUGCUUCAAGUGCAAAACCAUCAAGUGAAUCAGAAGUAAAUGUGACUAAAAAAAUUGCAGCACAUAGGAUUCAUGUUGAACGGGCAAUUAAUAAAAUAAAAUGUUUUAAGUUACUGAGAAGAAAAAUUCCAGUUAGCUUGUUUCACUGCAUUAAUGAAAAUUGGUUUGUUGCUGCAAACUUAACUAAUUUUCAAGAUACUUUGGUAAAAUUAUAACUUUUGUACCAUAUAUUACAAUGUGGACAAACAAUUUCAUCAUCAGGGGAAAUA